AUGGUCGACAACGGACAUUCCAAAGCCGCCAGCAUCCAUUCUACAGCCCCAUCGCAUCGGAUGCCAUGGCCGUCUCACAGCAAAGGCUCGCUCCCCUCAGUACGUGCAUACUCUCCGCAUUCCCAUCGCCAAUCGCGCGAUGCCGGUCGGCCAGACUCGAGGCGAUCGGCAAUUGCUCCCUCGCCCGGGGUAGCGCUGGACACGACUGGAAACACCAGUGACAAAUGGUGGAAGAUUCGCUUCUUCCAGGGAAUGAAGAAUGAUAUCAGGAGAAGGGCUCCUUACUAUUGGAGUGAUUGGAAGGAUGCAUGGGACUAUCGAGUGGUGCCGGCGACGAUCUAUAUGUAUUUUGCAAAUAUUCUACCCGCUCUUGCGUUCUCGUUAGACAUGUUUGAGAAAACGCACGAGAGCUAUGGAGUCAACGAGGUCCUCCUUGCUUCUGUUCUGGGUGCAGUGGUUUUCUCGCUCUUUGCUGCUCAACCGCUCGUCAUUGUCGGUGUGACCGGUCCUAUAACCGUAUUCAAUUACACUGUAUAUGAUAUCGUAACACCAAAAGGCACAAACUACCUAGCUUUUAUGGGCUGGAUCGGAAUCUGGUCUCUCAUAAUGCACUGGGUCCUCGCAAUCACCAAUUCCUGCAAUGGUCUAACCUACGUAACCCGAUUUUCUUGCGAUAUUUUCGGGUUCUACGUAGCAUUUAUCUACCUUCAAAAAGGGAUUCAGGUUCUAACCAGGCAAUGGGGGAUGGCUGGCGAGACGUCGGCGUAUCUCUCAAUCAUGGUUGCACUCCUAGUCCUUAUGAGUGGUUUUAUUUGCGGCUGGGUUGGCAAUAGCCAUUUUUUUAAGCGGCCUGUUCGCAAAUUCAUCGAGGACUACGGCACGCCACUCACGAUUAUCUUCUUCACGGGAUUCGUUCAUAUUGGCCAUAUGAGGAACGUUCCAGUGGAAACUCUGCCUACGACGAAAGCAUUCUUCCCAACAUUAGACCGUGGUUGGCUGGUACACUUUUGGGAUAUUGAUAUUGGCGACAUCUUCCUGGCGAUUCCGUUUGCCGUACUGCUAACAAUUCUCUUUUACUUUGACCAUAAUGUAUCGUCCCUGAUAGCCCAAGGCACCGAGUUUCCACUCCGUAAACCGGGCUGGCUUCCACUGGGAUAUCUUCCUACUUGGUUUGACCACCGGUAUCGGCGGGAUUAUGGGGAAUUCCUUUUUCCCAACGGACUUAUACCCCAAGCGCCUUUCCACACCGCUUCACUCUGCGUCACUCGUCAGAUUGCAGAUGACGAUGAGGUCAACAAGGGGAAAUCUGUCCGUAUCAAUGACCAUGUUGUCGAACAGCGAGUUAGCAAUCUCGCGCAGGGCCUUUUGACCCUUGGAACCAUGACUGGGCCUCUGUUGGUGGUUCUGAACCUCAUCCCGCAGGCAGUUAUGGCUGGCCUAUUCUUUAUCAUGGGCGUCCAAGCCCUGCUCGCGAACGGUGUAACGCAAAAGCUCCUGUUUCUGGCACAGGAUAAGGAACUAACUUCGUCCUCGGACCCGCUCAACAGGAUUGAACGCAGGCUUGCCAUUUGGACCAUUGCUGCUAUUGGGUUUCCGGUUUUUAUUCUCCUUCUUAUCCCUAUCCGGACAUUCUGGCUUCCACGGUGGUUCACGGAAUUGGAAUUAUCGAUCCUAGAUGGGCCCACUGCGAGCCCUUUUACUAUGGAGAGUGUUGGCGGGACACAUGGUCACAACCCGGAUGAGCAUGCGAAUAACUCGGGUUUGAUGGAGCGUGUGCCGGGAUCGAGAGCGCAAGUUCUUCAGCGAGAACGAGUGCGCGUGAGAUGGCUCGAGAGAGGAGAGCGACGAACUUGA